GUCGAGAGUCAAUUGCUGCUGCCACUGGCACCGCAAAAACAGCCAGCGAAACACAGCGCUAGAAAAUGUCGUCUUCCUACGAGAAGGUUCGGGGGGGCAAACUCGUUCUCAAGGGCGGCCUCGGGGUCAGCCAGGGCAAGAUCAAAAAGGGCAAAAAGAAGGCCGCCAGCAAAGCGGCGGAGGGGGACGCUUCAAAAGAGGAGGACGGCGGAUUUGAUACCGGGAUUGGUUUCGCUCCAAGCGGGGAGAAAAAGACCGCUAAGUAUGAGGAGAUGUUCCCGGAAGAAGCACAGAAGCUCGGUUACACUAGCAAGGAGAUUGGCAACAGGGAGGCGGCGCUGGAUGCGAGGGCAAAGAAGAGAGCGGACCGCUACCUGAAAAGGCUUGCCUUGGGGCAGCAUGCAUCUCGCGAGCGUUGUUCGGGCAAGUCUGGUUAUGUCAUGUAG